AGCACUACACAUCCACACCUACCCGUUAACCAGCAAAGAUGAAGCUGGGGCGUUCUCGGUUGCUUCUUUCUUGCCAUGUUCUCCUCUGCCUUUCGGUGACUUGGAUGCUGGCCACGGCCGACGUACCGGCAGGCCAGCGUCCGGGCUGCCUGGCAAAUUGCGGCGACGUCGACAUCCCAUUUCCGUUCGGCAUCGGUGAGAAGUGCGCGUUGCACAACGGCUUUAAGCUCAACUGCACGACCGUUGAGGGCGUCAACAAGACUCUUGCGGGAGAUGCCGAGGUGACCAAAAUCUCCAUGCCAGACGGCAAGGUCUGGAUAAACGCCAGGACCAUGUCGUGGCGGUGCUAUAAUCCGGCCACUCCCAGUAUGGACACGGAGUACAAUGGAGGCCUGGACCUCACCGAUACACCUUUCUGGGUAUCGGAGGUGGAUAACAAAAUUAUCGUCAUCGGGUGUAAUACUCUCGCUUAUAUGAGGAGCUUUCCUUAUGUGAUAGGUUGCUCGUCCACAUGUAACACCACCCUUAUGAAUGACACAUGCUCUGGAAACGGCUGCUGCCAGGCUGAUGUCCCGAAAAAUGUACGUGAUUAUUAUGGCUAUUUCAACGAAGACUACAACACCACGCAAACAUGGCAGUCCAGUCCUUGUAGCUACUUGGCAGUGAUGGAAAAUGCAGCUUUCAACUUCCGCGCCAACUAUGUGAAUUCCACGGUGUUUUACGAUACAUACAAUGGGAAAGUUCCACUUGUGCUGAAUUGGCGGGCAGGACCGUGGACUUGCGACGCAGCUCAGAAGAACAUGAGCUCCUACGCAUGCGUCAGCAAACAAAGUGUGUGUAUAAAUGUAAAUUCCACCACCGACGAGCCUGGUUAUCGAUGCACGUGCUCUGAUGGAUACGAAGGAAACCCUUACAUCAAUAACGGGUGCCAAGAUAUUGACGAGUGCCUUAAAAAUGCUACUCUCUGCGGCUCUGGAAUCUGCGAGAACACGCCAGGGCAUUACACCUGCUCAUGUCGCCGAGGGAAAGAUUUGACGAAUGGCAUUUGUCAAUCCCGUUUUCCGGUGAUGCCUGUUGUAGGUACAACUGUUGGACUAGUCAUCUUAGUGAUUGCUUUAGCCUGUGCAUGCAUGAUCCAAGAGAGAAGGAAGCUACAGAAGAUGAAACGGGACUACUUUCGGCAACACGGUGGUCUAAUAUUAUUUGAUGAGAUGAGGUCAAAGCAAGGUAUUACAUUCAAAAUCUUCACAGAGGAAGAACUGCAGCAAGCCACAAACAGGUUUAGUGAGCAACAAGUACUAGGUCAAGGGGGCUAUGGGACCGUGUACAAGGGGAUUCUUCAGGGUGACGUGGAAGUAGCGGUGAAGAGAUGCAAGAUCGUCGAUGAGCAACAAAAGAAAGAAUUCGGUAAAGAGAUGCUAAUCUUGUCCGAGGUCAACCAUAGAAAUAUUGUGAAGCUCCUCGGGUGUUGCCUCGAAGUGGAAGUCCCCAUGCUGGUAUACGAGUUCGUCCCAAACGGCACCCUCUUCCAGCUCAUACAUGGUAACCAUGGCAUGUGUAUCUCCUUGGCUACUCGCUUGGGGAUCGCCCACGAGUCCGCUGACGCGCUUGCCUACCUCCACUCAUCGGCUUCAACGCCGAUCCUCCACGGUGAUGUCAAGUCCUCCAACAUUCUUCUUGACGACAACCACAAAGCAAAAGUAUCUGACUUUGGCGCCUCCAUCCUGGCGCCAAUUGAUAAGUCACAAUUCAUCACACUUGUACAUGGUACAUGCGGAUACCUCGACCCGGAGUACAUGCAAACCAACCUGUUGACGGACAAGAGCGACGUGUACAGCUUUGGGGUUGUUUUGUUGGAGCUACUUACGGCCAAAUUGCCAUUUAAUUUCGAUCCGGAUGUCCCUGCCCACGAGAAGAGCCUAUCGAUGAUGUUUAUGUAUGCCAUGAAGGAGAAUAAGCUCAACCAGAUCUUGGAUGUUGAGAUCAAGGAUGGGGAUAACACCGAGAUUAUUGAAGAGAUUGCGGAGCUAGCGAUGCGAUGCUUAGAGAUGUGUGGUGACAAUAGGCCAUCGAUGAAGGAAGUUGCGGAGAAGCUUGAUAGUCUGAGGAAGGUGAUGCAACAUCCAUGGAUGCAGCGGAACCCUGAAGAGAUGGAAUGCCUACUUGGGGAGCCCUCAUCUAUGGCAAGUUCGACAAUAACCAGUGCUGAAUAUUUCAGCAUCGAGAAAAAAGUUGUUAAUGGUCUGCAGUCAGGUCGUUAAGUAAUCACACCGUCGCUUUGCUUUGUUUAAUUUGUAUUCGAAAGCAAGAAAUCAGUGGCAUCAACAAUAGAAUAAACAGUCAAUUGUUAUAGCUAACUGUCUGUUAUUGUUCAUUUUGCCAA